UAGACGAGUUUUUAUACUUGGACCUUCUCAUCAUUUUCAUUUGGGCCAAAAUUGUGCGCUAACUUGCGCUGAAAUUUAUCAAACACCUUUUUAUAAUCUCCAUAUUGAUGAAGCAACUUUACAUGAGCUUCGCCAUACUGGUGAAUUCUGCGAACUCUCGUUAAAACGGGAUGAAGAUGAACAUUCUUUAGAAAUGCAGUUACCUUAUUUGGCGAAAGUUAUGGAACAAUAUCAAGAUAAGUUUAGAAUUGUCCCUAUCUUAGUUGGAUCCCUGAAUCCUGAAAGAGAGGCCGUCUAUGGGAAGAUUUUUGCCCGCUAUUUGGCAGAUCCAGAAAACCUAUUUAUCAUCUCUUCAGAUUUCUGCCAC